AUGAAGAACAUUCCAUAUGCUUCUGUUGUUGGAAGUCUUAUGUAUGCUCAAGUAUGCACAAGGCCCGAUAUUGCAUUUGCUGUUGGAAUCUUAGGAAGAUAUCAGAGCAAUCCAAGUAUGGAUCACUGGAAAGCUGCAAAGAAGGUGUUGAGAUAUCUUAAAGGAACAAAAGAUUAUCUGCUAAUGUAUAGGCAGACAGACAAUCUUGAUGUGAUCGACUAUUCAGACUCCGACUUUGCUGGUUGUGUUGAUUCUUGCAAAUCAACAUCAGGAUAUAUUUUUAUCAUGGCUGAUGGAGCUAUUCCAUGGAGAAGUACUAAGAAAACCUUGGUUGCUACUUCUACUAUGGAAGUCGAGUUUGUCUCCUGUUUUGAGGCUACUUCUCAUGGUGUAUGGCUUAAGAGUUUUGUUUCUGGGCUUAAAAUCAUGGAUUCUAUUUCUAAACCUCUGAAGAUUUUUUGCGAUAAUUCAGCAGCUGUCUUUAUGGCUAAGAACAAUAAAAGUGGAAGUCGAAGCAAGCACAUCGACAUAAAAGUAUUUAGCCAUUAG